AUGACUUUCCAGAUUGUCCCCGCCAGCGACCACCGGGACCAGGUGGCCAGUGAUGCGUUUGGCGUCCCCUCCGAGGCCGUCCCCACGUUACCCGAUACCUUACGUACCGGCCAAGGCCCGUUGAACGUGGCUCUGGCCAUCAACAACCGCCACCCGUUGGAACAAAGAGUCGCCAACUGGGACCAGACCCAGCGCGACACGAAGAUGGAAAUGUACCGGCGUGUGUUCGGUGCCGGUGUCCCCAUCAAGCACCAGAUGGAAUUGGCCAUCAUCGACAACGAGUUCACCCCGUUGUCCACCACCAACCUCCACCGGGACGUGGUGUUGGGCAAAGACGCCGAGAUCGACUGGGAGGAUGUCUACCCGGCGCAGUCGCUGUUGGCUGGUUUCCACACCGCCAUGGAGAAGAAGAUGGGCAUGUAA